GCCGCGAGAGGUCGUGUCGAGUGGCCGCGCCGGUUCGCAGCAGUACCCGACUACACCGUGCUGACAUGGCGGCGCUGUUCGUGGCGGCAGCGCUCGGCUGUCUGCUGGCCCCGGCGGCCGGCUUCAUCGCACGGCCGAUCCUCUUUCCGGGCCCGACGGCGUGCACGGCGCCCAGCGGCCGGCCCGGCGACUGCGUGCUGCCGGCCGACUGCCCCGCCUCGCACGGACCGCCCAGCCGGCGAGCCUGCGGCUUCCAGCAGCUGCAGAUCAAACUCUGCUGCGAGAAACGGCCGACCCGUCCCAUGAAGCUGACGUUCCCCACCUCUGCCGAACCGGAGUCUGCCGCCCUGCCGUCCAACUGCGGCCUGGGCGGCCCGGCCGGCCUGGAGGGCCGCGCGGUGCCCAACAUCUCUGGCGGCCGGCCGGCCGACCGCUCCAGCUGGCCGUGGGCGGCGCUGCUGGGCGAGCUGUCGGCCGGCUCCGAGCGGCCGCGCUGGCUCUGCGGCGGCGUGCUGCUCGGGCCGCGCCACGUGCUCACGGCCGCCCACUGCGUGGCCACCCGGCAGCUCAGCCGGCUGGUGGUGCGGCUCGGCGAGCACGACCUCGGCGCGGCCAGUAGCACGCGCCAGGAGCGGCGCGUCGCGCGCGCCGUGGUGCACCCGCAGUUCCGGCGCAGCCUGGCCGACCUGGCGCUGCUGGUGCUGGCCGAGCCCGUGGAGCUGAGCGUGGGUGGCGCGCACCCCAUCUGCCUGCCGCCGGCCGACGCCCGGCCCACCGGCCGCAGCGGCUACGUGGUCGGCUGGGGCCGGCUCGGCUUCGAGGAGCAGCAGCCGGACGUGCUGCAGGAGGCGCUGGUCACCGUCCAGCCGACGCCGCCGUGCGAGGCGCUCUACCGGCGCACCCGCGAGUACGACACGCGCUUCCCGGGCGGCUGGGGCGGCAGCGUGCUGUGCGCGGCCGACGAGCAGGGCGGCGCCCGGGACGCCUGCCAGGGCGACUCGGGCGGGCCGCUGUCGCUGGAGCGCGCGCCCGACGGCCGCUUCCACCUGAUCGGGCUGGUGCUGGAGGGCAUGGGCUGCGGCGGUGACCGCUUCCCGGGUCUGUACACCAGCGUGCCGCACUACGUCGACUGGAUCCGCCGCGAGGUGCGGCGAUCGUGACGGCGCUCGCUGAAGGGAGCCGUCGUUUUCUCAGGUGCUGUCAAGCAUGAAAAAAGUCAAGGAGCAGGUGAAACAAAGGUAUCAUGUAAAAAAAAAGACAUGUGGAUGAGUAGGACCUACGCGAAGGACAUCCAACACGUUUCGAUUCUGUAUAAGGCCAUAGGAGGGCGGGAGGUCCAGCUUUCUAGCUUUGCUUACCCAUUUCAGCAAAUCAAAUUGAUUUUAUUUGUGCUUGUAUGAAAACGAUUAAGAGCGAUAUUCACUGAUUGGCUGCUCUGAUCGUUAUUGUUGCGGUGUUGUCCUGUUUUGUUUGUGCUAUAUGAUCUCAUUCGCUGUAUUGCGUAGGUGUAACCAGUUUUGCGAUUUUAGUCUGUUUGUAUUUGUGUCCCGAUAUGCAUGACUUCUGCAAUUUAUUGCGCACUUGUACUUCAUAAAUGUGCUUUUAGAGCAGAGUAUCUGUGUUAUGAAUAUGAAUGUAUUUAUAUUCUAUUGUAUUUUGAGUCGCAUGUUAUGUCGUGUUCGUUACACACUUGAUACGUAUGUAUGUUUGAUUUCGAUUACCUUUAAUAAAGAUCUGAAGAAUU